AUGGAUAAUCAAGCAUACAGUGAUCCAAUUUUGCCUCGGCAAUCAAGCUAUCCGGUUGCUGGAGCUGGGUCGUACGGUUCGACCAAGCAGAUGCAAGUUUCGCCAUGGAACCAGCAAGCUUCUGCACAGGUGCCAGACGAUGGGCAAUACCAUCCAAACCAAAAAGGCUCGCCCAGUGCCUCUGACGACGGCCAAUCUCAAUCUCUCCAACAGCCAUCAAGUGGCAAGGCAUCAAGUGGCCAGGCAUCAGGUGGCCAAGCAUCGGGUGGUCAAGCAUCGGGUGGUCAAGCAUCAACCGGCCAGACAUGGAGUGGCCAAGCAUCAACCGGCCAAGCACCAGCCGGCCAAGCAUCAACCGGUCAAGCAUCAACCGGUCAAGCAUCAGGUGGUCAAGCAUCAACCGGCCAGACAUGGAGUGGCCAAGCAUCAAGUGGCCAAGCAUCAAGUGGCCAAGCAUCAAGUGGCCAAGCAUCAAGUGGCCAAGCAUCAACCGGCCAAGCAUCAAGUGGUCAAGCAUCAACCGGCCAAGCAUCAACCGGCCAAGCAUCAACCGGCCAAGCAUCAAGUGGCCAAGCAUCAAGUGGUCAAGCAUCAAGUGGUCAAGCAUCAAAUGGCCAAGCAUCAAAUGGCCAAGCAUCAAGUGGCCAGACAUGGAGUGGCCAGACAGGGAACCAACAAACCGCCUCAGUAGCUCAAGCACCAGCCGCGCAGCAAGAAAGUACAGGAAGCAAUCAAUGGUCUGUGGCGCCCACCCUGCAACAGGAUAGUACGGGAAACAAUCAAUGGUCUACACAAAGCAAUCAAUACUCACCAGCACCCUGGGAGCAAUCUUCAUCAGCCCAAACGUCUGUCUCAUCCACUGAAAAUGCUGAGACACCUACUUCGACACAACCAAAUUCACUGGCGACUACGAGUCAGACAGGGCCAAGCAGCACUUCAUUAGCCCAACACUCAGAGUCUGGGUCGUCGUACAGCGCAGGAAAAACUGCGGGUAUCGCUGUAGGUGUCGUUAUUGGCACAAUAUUCAUUGCAGUUCUCAUCCUGCUCCCACUCCGCAGACGACGCAAGCUUCGCCAAAAGGCUGGCACUCUCCAAAAUGACCCUAAUACGGACGACCCGCACCAAGAAACUUUCCUCUCAGGCCUACAGGCCCAAGGCAAUCAAGUGGUGUCCUCAGUAGCAGGUAUUUUCAAGGGCAGGGAAAAGAACACCCCUGUGCUCCCGCGUUUCAAUUCAGACAAGAGUCUGGCAAGAACAAACAGCGCCUCGAGCGCUUCCAGUGGCUCCAGCCGGGACGAUAAGCGCAAUCUGUUCUCUGGUCCAAAGAGUUUACCAUUGAUUACAGUGAGUUCCUCACUAUCGAUUUCAGAUGAGAUGGAGAGCGAGAAGAGCUUCAGAUGCAAAUCUCCAGCAACAAAUGAGGAGAAGAGCGAGAAGAGCUUUAGAUGCAAAUCUCCAGCAACAAAUGAGGAGAAGAGCGAGAAGAGCUUCAGAUGCAAAUCUCCAGCAACAAAUGAGGAGAAGAGCGAGAAGAGCUUCAGAUGCAAAUCUCCAGCAACAGAUGAGGAGAAGAGCGAGAAGAGUUUCAGAUGCAAAUCUCCAGCAACAGAUGAAAGCUCAGGGACGCCCAGUCUUUACGCCCCAAGUGUCACCUCAUCAGGCUCCUCGCCAAAGCCGGCGGAUAGUGCAGGCCAGGAACGUGUCUACGGCCCAGGGUCCAUGGAGAACUCCAGCAUUGGAAACUUGCUUUCAGCCAGUCCAAUGAUCAACAACAUCUACACCGUGGAAAUGGAUUUCAAUCCGCGCAAAACUGGUCAACUGGAACUUCAAAAGGGCCAGCUUUUGGGUAUAUCAUGGAUCUUUGACAACGGAUGGGCACUUGGAGUCAGACUUGACUCUCCUGAAGCAGGCUUGGUUCCUCGCUCUCACCUUUCUGCUACCCCCACUCGACAACAAGUGAAGUGCAGCGGCGAUCAAAGAGCAUCGAAAAGAUUCUCCAUUCCCCGGCAACCAUUUGCCUUGUCCCCACGAUUCUACUCAUGGAUUUCGAAAUCAGAGAACGCGCAGAGCUCGUCACCGGCUUAA